AUGCCCAUGCAAGAUGCAUCAUCAAUCCCUCGAUUGCGUGCCCACGCUCUGAACUAUGCGCCAGCACCCUCUGGGUCUAGGGCUGGUCUUGCUCCUCUGUACGACAACAAACCCUUCGAAAUCGACAGCGAUGGGUUUCUGCAGUCAGGUCAGCGAGCUGGGGGCCCUUACUUAUGCAGUCUACCCACAACAGAUCGAAAUAUAGCACUCGAUCCGGAAUCGAUCCUGAUACGCGAAGAGGACGAUAUCAAGAAGAAGACUGGGGAUAUACUCUGUAAAGCAGGCAUUUCUUUUCGAGAAAUCAUGUUAGCAGGCCGAUUGUCCAAAGUCAAUCCGGAACCGGCGACAGUACCAACAAUCAUCGUUGUUGCAAAUGACGGGACUGCUGACAAGUGGCGGGAUGUCGCGAAACAGAUCCAUGAGCGUGUCGUUAAAGGGGACCCGGAGAUCUCAGUAGAGAUAAUUUCUUCGAAUCUGGCUGAGUCUCCGUGUACUCAUCCCGUUACUAACGAAGAGGCUGAACAAUGGCCAGAUAUCCGAAACGCCAUUUUGGAUGGGUUUUACUUCGAGGAAUGGACGGGUCUGGAAUUUUGGAAAUACGGCACAUGUUUAUUCAAGGAUGAUAACCCCACAACCAUAAUUGUCAAUAUCAAGCUGGACUCAGAACGGCAGUUUGACGAAGACAUGGAGAAAGUCUCGCAGAUCCUGAAGCGACUCGGUAAAGAAGACUUUGCGGUUCUGUUCAUGAAAGAUGAGUUUAGGCCGUACACCUUGACUCACCAAUCCGCUCCCCUGUUCCCUUUGAGGAACUCUUCCAAGGAGGUCCUACCGGGGAUGUGUAUCGGCAUCCGUGACAGCUCUGCUACCUCGGCGACUCUGGGAGGAGUUGUGGAGCUCCAAAUGAAAGGCGAUUCCAACUGGCAGCGAUUCUACCUGACCUCCUUUCAUAGUAUCUAUCCUACCUUGCCCAGUCAGCAGGAUAAAUUAAAGAAGAUUCCCGGCGCACAAGACGGCCUGGAGAGGUGGAAGUUGAAUGCCCCUGGCUUCGAUGACCCUCUGGUGAGAAAGGUCUUGCAGGUCGAUCAGCCGGGUCUCUUCGAUUUAAAAGACGCCAUCAACCGUGCAGCGUGCACAGGGAACGAGACAAGGAGGGCCGAGCACCAAAAGUUCCUCGAUGAUAAGAGCUACCAUCUCGGCGACGUUUGCGCUGGAAGUGGUCUGCAUCGUACUAGAUAUCGAGAGAUCCGUAUGGCAGAUGGGAGUAAGGAGAACGAAGUUGAAAAGCCCUGUCUCAUGGAUUGGGCCUUGAUUGAGGUUAUGAAAGAGCGACAAGGGUCACUUGAGCCUUUCGCCUAUUCUGAUGAUUGGACCGGGCGAGGCGCCCCUUUCUGGACGGAUAUGAAUACUCUUCCAGGGAAUGGAAAGAGACUAUUCAAUUCUGGCAGGAAAACCGGCGCUGCCGAGGGACAAUUAGGUGUUCUGCAGACCCGGAUGUCGGAAAUAUCCGGCACGAAAGGUUGGACGUUUUUAGAUGUGACAUACGAGUAUAGUUUAGGAGGUUUUGAAGACCGCAACUUUGCGGGCCCAGGAGACGCUGGGUCAUUCAUUACUAACAAUGGCGAAGUGGCUGGGAUGAUUCUUGGCGGGUAUGUUCGCAAAGGGAGUUACCAUUUUACCUUUAUCAAGGAUGUUUUGGACGACAUCAAGGAGGUGACUGGGGCCGAUGCCGUCCGCCUGGCAGUGGACUAG